AUGCCUGCCAUUUCGGCGCCGGGCCCGCCCAAUCUUGACGACUUUGAGCCACGAGAACUGGACCAAGCCGAUUUCGACUUCCUGCAUUCCCUUGCCAACGAGCCACCGCUGCCGCCCCACGAUCCUGUGCAUUCACUUGUCAACGAGAACCCGCUGCCGUCUCACGAACCUAGGCCGGCUCCCUCCAUCCCAGAGCGCGAAGCUUUCAGCUCAUCCGCUGUGUCCGCGUAUCCGGCCGUGGAGCAGAAUCUCGAACCGUUCCCUGCAUCCGCCGCCUGGGUCGACCCGAGAUGGGAUCGAUCGUUCCGGCACAGACGGGAAGCGACGCGAUCCAAUGUGGGAUGGGCAGCGCCUCGGGAGCUCUUGGGUCUAGGUCACUGGAAAGGUCUCAAGGAACACGGCUUUAGCCACGCCCGAGACUUUGCGGAUACCCUGGCGACGCGCGCUCGCAUCAACGAGCUCUUCUUCGCCAACAAGAUCACCUGGGUCGACCUGCGACCGUUCACGCGUCGGAACUCGCAGUGGUUCCACCGCUCACCGCUCGUGCGCGUCAGCCAACGACUACCGCUGGUGCGCAUCGUGGGGAAAGACGGGCUGCCAAGAAGGGUAUACGUGACAGAGCAUAAUGUCGUCACGAAUAGAGGAAGCGAGCUCAAAGGUACCGCUCUCGACGGUGUACCCUUCUUCUCGUUCUGGAGCGUCCCGGAGCGCGAAGCUGAUAAGGAGCACGAGACGUUGUUCCUCGGGUCUGGCUACCUGCAUGCCCGAGACAAUGAUGCGGUUGACGAGCAUCUGCGAAGGGUGUUGGAGGCGGCAGAGCCGGUGGAGAUUCGCAUCUAA